UUGGCUAUCAGCCUCUCAAUGGCAUCUCCUCCCUCCCCCUUUCUUCUCUUUUCACCUCCCACUUGUCUCUUUUCUCGUGGUAUGGUCGUCAUGUAUAGUGGAAAAGAUUAAUGCCAAGAGAUUGGGUUGGAUUCUGGAGGAGGAAGAGGCAGAGAAGGCAGGAUGCUGCAGCGGGCGGCGAGCAAUGCAUACUCAUGGUGGUGGGCGAGCCACAUCCGCACCAAGCAGUCCAAAUGGCUCGACAAUCACCUCCAAGAUAUGGAGCACCUGGUCAAGUGCAUGCUCUUACUCCUUGGAGAGGAAGCCGAUUCCUUUUCAAAGCGAGCAGAGAUGUACUACAAGAGGCGGCCUGAGGUGAUCACUCAGGUGGAAGAAGUGUACCGGAUGUACAGGGGUCUCGCCGACCGGUAUGACAUCAUGUCAGGGGAGCUGCACAAGGCAAACCACACCAUCGCUACCGCCUUCCCUGACCAGGUUCAGUAUGCGAUGCUAGAAGAGGAGGAUGACAACGUCCCAAAGGCGUUCACCCCGGUCGAUCCGCGCAAGAUCCACAAGUCGACCGUCGAUGGGCUGCUGAAGAAGAAGAAAGGAAAUGUGCCAGGAGCCGGCGGAGACAAGAAGGAACAAGCUCCGAUGAGCAAGGAGAAUGCACGAGAAGAGAUUAGCAGGCUACAGAAAGCUAUACUUGUGAUGCAGACCGAGAAAGAGUUCAUCAAGAACUCGUACGAGAGUGGCAUUGCCAAGUACUGGGAUCUUGAGAAGGAAAUAAAUGAGAUGCAGCAAAAAGCUUGCCACUUCCAAGACAAGUUCGACGUAAGCGCAGUGAUCGAGGACGAUGAAGCCAGAGCCUUGAUGACAGCGACGGCCCUCAAAUCCUGUGAAGAUACCAUUGUCAGAUUGCAAGAACAGCGGAAGACCGCUGCCAAACAGGCAUUGGACGAGUCUGAACGGGUCAAGGUGUUGAGAGAGAAGCUCAAGCCUAUAAUGGACGAACAUGGCAAGUCUCUACCGGACCUGGUGGAGAAAAACAUACGGAAGAAUCAUGUCACGGAGAUGGGAGACGUGUAUCAUGUGAAGCUGGGUGAGCUGCAGAUGCAAACGUUAGUCGACAAGAUCAAGGAAAACUUCACGAGCGACUGCAACAUCACCAUGGACGAGAUCACGGAGCAGAUCGACGAGCUUGUCAACAAAGUUGUCGAUUUGGAGCUUAUGGUUUCGUCGCAGACCUCGCAGAUCGACAGAAUGCACCGCGAAAAUGAGGAGCUGGAGAAUUCCGUCAAGAGCCUGGAGGAAGAGAAAGGCUCGAGUGAACUGGACGAGAAGCUGAAGCAGGUGGAAGAAGAGCUGGUCAGAGUGCAGGCUCUCGAAAGCUCCUUCCAUAAAGACGAGAGCACGAUACGUUCAAACUUCACCGAAACGAUAAGCAGAUUCAGUAAUUUCGCCGACAUGUUGCAGUCGCCAGUUUGCGACUACCAGGCUCCUGGUUCUGCUGCUCACAUGUCGGCGCCAACCGGCGAGGAAGCACCGCCUCCUACGGAGCCAUCCAGCCAGAGCCAUCCACCUCCACCUGAGGAAGAAGAACACAAACAACAGGUAGAAGAAGAGAAGGCCACCGUCGUGCAGACUCCUCAACCCCAACAAGCCAGCACUGGAGAUGCUGCUGCUGCUGCUGCUGUUCCUCAACCCCAACAAGCCAGCACUGGAGAUGCUGCUGCUGCUGCUCCUCAACCCCAACAACCUAGCACUGGAGAUGAUGAGGCUGCUGCUGCUGCUGCUCCUCAACCCCAACAAGCCAGCACUGGAGAUGCUGCUGCUGCUGCUGCUCCUCAACCCCAACAAGCUAGCACUGGAGAUGAUGCUGCUGCUGCUCCUCAACCCCAACAAGCCAGCACUGGAGAUGCUGCUGCUGCUGCUCCUCAACCCCAAGCUGCUGCACCGGUUUAUGUGGCGAAAACAGGGGCGGCGGCGAGCACUACUGGUGCGUCUGUCGUAGAUGGCACUAAAAAUUCAGAUCAUGGGCAUGACAAGAUUUCGCGGCCGGGUUCGCUGGCACGGCUUCGCCACAUCUCUUCUGACGUUGAUGAUUCUGAGGAGCAAAAGGAGAAGGGCGAGAAGGGGUGUGUUGACAGCGACAUGAAGAAACUGCAAGAGCGGCUCAUGGAUGGCCUGGAAGACAAGGAGAAGGUCCUGCUAUCAGAGUACACCUCGCUCCUGGAGGACUACAAGGACACCAAAAGGAAGCUGCUGGAUGUGGAGAAGAAGAACCAGGAGUGCCUCAACGAGAUCAGGUCGCUGCGCAAUCUUAUCGGAGAGAAGGAGAAGGAGAAGGAGAAGGAGAGGGAGAGGGGCAGCAUCAGAGGAGGACACAGGAGGACACCCAGCCUUAGCCAUCAGAGGAAGCAGAGCCUUUCUUCCAUCUCUAAGCUCAUCAGGAUGGGCUCAAACAUGCAAGACGACCCUCCCGCUGCUGACCUUGACGACAUGAGGCUGCCGGCGAUCGCCGAGGUGGAGAACCCGUCGCCACUGGAGGAGAAGUUCAGGCGCGACAUUGACACGCUGCUGGAGGAGAACCUCGAGUUCUGGAUGAAGUUCAGCUCCUCCAUGGGCCGGGUGCAGGAGUUCCAGAACAAGUACGACGACCUCAGGAGGGUGGCGGCGGACGGCGCCGACGGCGAGAAGAAGCUCCGGGCGCUCAAGACGGAGCUGCAGGUGUGGUCGGAGCAGAACGCGAUGCUGCGGGGCGAGCUGCAGUGCAGGUUCGCGUCGCUGUGCGACAUCCAGGAGGAGAUCUCGACGGCGCUGGAGAUGGACACGGAGCAGGCGGAGCAGGCCGAGGAGGGCGCGCCGCGCUUCACCUCCUACAGCGCCGGCAAGUUCCAGGGGGAGGUGCUCAACAUGCAGCAGGAGAACAACCGGGUCUCCGACGAGCUGCAGAGCGGCCUCGACCACGUCAAGACGAUCCAGUUUGCCAUCGAGAAGAAGCUCAACGAGGGCGUCAAGCUCUCCUCCUCCUCGCCGGCGGAGGAGGGGGAGGAGGAGGUGGUUGGGCCGGACGGGGUCCUGGCGCGGGUGCCGACCAAGGCCAAGGUGCCGCUGCAGUGCUUCCUGUUCCCGACCAAGCCCAAGAAGCCGUCGCUGUUCGCGCGCGUCACGCCGGCCGUGCUCCACAAGCAGCAGUUAGACAUGAAGUUAGACAUGAAGUUAGACAUGAAGUUCCUCCCCAAGAUGCCAAAGUAGCCACCCACAGAAGCAGCAGCAGCAGGGAUAUGUCAUUUAGCUUAAUUAAACUAACUAGCAGAUGGGAUACAUUUUUUUGAUGAAAUUAAUGCUUCAAGCUAUGUAUGAUUGAACCAAACUAUUCUUGCUUUGUUUUCUAGGGCAUUGUAAUUUGUUGUAACCUCUGAGAUCAAUGGAAGAAAGACAAAUCAUUUCCCCUUUUUCA